CUGGUUGUUACGCCGUGCUAUAAUCGAUCGCAAAUUCCACUUCUGCCCGUGCAACACCCAAGCCAAACCUUACUUCACUGUCUGUGCUCUAUCUGUGACAUUUUUGAUUACAAUGUUUGUGCCCAGCUUAUCAUCGGCGUCACACGAUGUGGAUGUAUCUAUGUUUACUGAUGCGCACAUUGAUCAAGAAAAUCACACCACCCAAGUGAAGCAAUAUCCCAACUUAAAUAGAAACGCGCUGGCCAACUUGGACUGCAAUUCUACACAACUUUUGCCUACAGGUGAUUGCUCAAGGAUCUACAAGCCACCUACACAGCAACAGCCUAAAAAACCCAGUUUUAAGCCAAAAAAGCUGGACGCGCAGACUGACGCUAGGGCGGGAAACAUCCUGGUAUCUCGUCGAAACGAACGUGAACGUAACCGCGUUCGCCUCAUGAACAUGGGAUUUGAACGACUUCGAGCAGUUGUGCCCAGUCAUUCCGGUGAACAGCUCAGCAAGAUAUCGACACUGAAGAAGGCCAUCUGGUACAUUGAGCACUUGGAUAGGGUGUUGCACGGGCAGAAUGAACCCCCACUGUCUAUUCCGUAUCCAGCCAUUACCACAAUCCCAUCUACUGUCGUGGUGGCGCAGGAUUCCAAAACUUUUCUAUCCACGUGCGACAAUGGGGGGACUACUCGGAUCGGCGUGGCAGGCGUGGGGACUGGAGCGACCUCCUGGUCUUCCCCCGCAAACACCCCUGGGUUUCACACAAUCCGAGGGGGAAGACCGGUGCAACAUGCGUCAUCACCCAUCUUUCCUUCAAGAUGGGAUAUUGGAUGUGCCAACAAUAUCAUAGCAUCUACUCCGAAAUUCCCGCACUGUGGGCCAGGACCGUCAGCUGGUGCUGUAAACUGUUUUGAUGAUUCCGGCUAUUUAAGCCUGGAGGCCAAACAGCAUCCUUUUUAUAACCUAGAAAGCUACGGAUUUCCUAUACCACCACUGUUGUCUCAGCGCCCGCCUGGUUCCACACAUGGCAUCGCUAAUUUCAGAGAUCAAUAG